AUGGUGGAGACUUCAAAUAGAAUAUGUUGCUGUAAUCUAAGGACAGCUGGGUAUAUUGUAGCAUUUGUUGAGGUAAUUUUAUGUAUACUUGCUAUCUAUGGAAUGAUAAAAAAUUUUCAAAUUUUUGGUGCUACUUAUUUGGUAUGGUUUAUUGUUGGAAUAAUUUCUAUAAUUAUUAUACUUAUUGCAAUUGGUAUAUUAAUUUAUGGAAUUAAAAAAGAUAAAGCAAGAUAUGUUUUACCUCAUUUAUCAGCACAAGUCUUUUUAAUUGCUUUCCUCUUGAUUGUAGCUUUGAUUGUUGCUUUACUUCUUAUUUUUGGAAGAUAUCAAGGUAUUAGAAGUUUACUUGGACGUGGUGAUUAUGUUAUGUCAGAUGAAUCAACAAAAUGGGUUGGAAUACUUUUAGUUAUUGUUUACUUUUUCUUAGCAAUUCUUGAAAUAUUUUUCUUAUGGAUAAUUUGGAAGUUAUAUAAAUAUUUAAAUGAAUAUCAUAAACUUUAUAACAAAGAUCCAUUUGCAACUCCUGGAUAUGGUGGACAAAAUUGGAGGACAGCACCACUAAAUAUUAAUAAUUACCAUGGGAAUCCUCAUGCUGGAGAUAUUUAUCCUUACACUACAUAA